ACCUUCGACCUCCGAUAUUUCCUUUCUCCCCAGGACGUGCUGCAUUUCGCAGCUCAAGCUGUGCCUCCCUUGCUCCACACCACGGCUGGCUGGCUGGCUUCCUGGACUUCGUGGAGUUUGUUUGUUUGUGUUGUUCAGUAGUGUCUCAAUCGCGGAGAGUUGAAAUUCGUUGAGGUUGUUGUUUACGGGAAUUGUGUGGAAAGGAGAGUAGGGAUGGCUACCAUUGUCGGAGCCCCGUCUUUGUGCACAGCGGGUGUGGCAGUGGAGAAGUCCCUAGGGGCAGCGUCUUCUUCGUUGGCAGGGGAGCGGGUGCGGGUGAGGACCAGAGCUGUCUGCGUUUGUGCAGGAAAGGGACUGCAAAUUGUCGGGCAGGCUGUGCAGAGGGACGGGAGGAACCAGGGGGAGAAGCCAUGGGAUACGCAGAGGGCUUUGUAUGUCGCGAACGAUGACCGAGCCACUGAGACGAAUGCUGUGGCGACGGACUUUUUGGUUGCUCAGAAAGGGAGAGCGGGAUCGUUUGGUUACUCCCGCGGAACCGACAGUGAAGAAGAUGAGAGCGACAUUGAUGAUGAUGCUGAGGUAAUAAGAGUGGAUAAUGAGUCCAUGGAUGAUGGCGACGAGUUGGCUAUUUCUCGCCUAGGCAUUCCUGAUGCCGUUGCGGACGCCUUGGCGAAACGUGGCAUCACGCAGCUCUUCCCUAUUCAGAGGGCAGUACUUGAGCCAGCUAUGCAGGGGAGGGAUUUGAUUGGAAGAGCCAAGACUGGGACAGGGAAAACAUUAGCGUUUGGAAUUCCUAUUAUUAACAACAUAAUACGCGAGAAUGAAGAAAACAGAGUCGCAAGGCGAUCUGGUCGGGCACCUCGAGCUCUGGUUUUGGCGCCUACAAGAGAACUAGCGAAGCAGGUUGAACGUGAAUUUAUGGAAUCCGCCCCCAUGCUGUCGACAAUUUGUGUAUACGGAGGAGUGGCUAUAUCUUCACAGCAGCGUUUAUUGACGAGGGGUGUAGAUAUUGCUGUUGGAACGCCAGGUCGCAUAAUUGAUUUGAUCAAUAGAGGGUCAUUGCGCCUACAGGAAGUUCGGUUUUUGGUUCUAGAUGAGGCCGAUCAGAUGUUGGCUGUCGGUUUUGAAGAAGAUGUUGAACAGAUUUUAGAACAGAUGCCCAACCAGCGCCAGAGUAUGCUGUUCUCAGCCACUAUGCCAACCUGGGUUAAAAAAUUGUCUCGUAAAUAUCUGCAUGAUGCUCUGACAAUCGAUUUGGUGGGGGAGAGUGAUGAAAAGCUGGCGGACCGUAUUAAGCUGUAUGCUGUAGCGACAGUCCCACAAGCCAAACGUUCUAUUCUAAACGACUUGAUAGCGGUUUAUGGCAAAGGCGGCAAAACUAUCGUGUUUACACAGACUAAGCGGGAUGCGGAUGAUGUCGCCACUGCUAUGGCUCGCACUCUGGGUUGCGAGGCUUUACACGGCGACAUUUCUCAAAGUCAGCGAGAAAAGACUUUGAAUGCUUUCCGGGAAGGAAACUUUUCAGUACUCGUCGCCACCGAUGUAGCUGCGCGUGGUUUAGAUAUUCCUAAUGUCGACUUGGUUAUUCAUUAUGAAAUACCCAACGACCCUGAAACAUUUGUCCACCGAUCCGGGCGAACAGGACGAGCUGGGAAAGAUGGAACAGCUAUUCUCAUGUACUCCGACAGGCAAACUCGAACAAUGAGACUCAUUGAGAGAGAUGUUGGCUGCAAGUUUACAAAGAUUAGUGCGCCCAGAGUAGAAGAUGUGUUGAAGGCAAGCACUGAAAGUGCAACUGACGUUAUCAAGCGGGUACACCCUGAGGUAGCUGAAGUAUUCAUGCCUACUGCUGAAGAACUUUUGAAGGAACAAGGACCUCAUGCAUUCGCUGCCGCCCUUGCCCACCUCGCAGGCUUCACACAGCUUCCUACAUCCCGCUCUCUUCUAACUCAUGAAGAGGGCGUGACGACACUUCGUUUGGUGCGACCUAGGGGUUCUCGACCUAUGACACCCCGUGUUGUAAUGGGAGUGUUGUCAGAUAUUUGGCCAACGGCGGUCGAUAAAGUUGGCAAGAUUAAAAUUGUUGAUGAUCAAAAGGCUGAUGGGGCUGUGUUUGACCUUCCUGAAGAUGUGGCGAAAGAACUGUUGAGUAAGCCCACUCGUUCAGGAGAAGUCAUCGACGUCUGCCAAUCGCUACCUCGACUAGAAGAGGACGAAUUUGGUGCAGGAAGAGGCGGAGACAUGUAUGGCCGCUUUUCUAGAGCUGGUGGUGGCGGUGGACGAGGAAGUUUUAGUGGAGGUCGUGGCGAAGGAAGAGGUGGUGACCGAUUCAGUGACCGCUUUGGUGAUAGUGAUCGAUUCAGUAGUGACCGCUUUGGUGGAAGAGGUGGAAGAGGUGGAAGUGAUCGCUUUAGCAGUGAUCGCUCCAGUGACCGCUUCAGUAGUGACCGCUCCGGUGACCGUUUUAGCAGUGACCGCUCCAGUGAUCGAUUCAGCAGUGGCCGUUCCAGUGACCGUUUUGGUGGAAGGAUGACUGGUCGUAGCGGUUCAGGGCGUCCCGAUGAAUGGAGUAGCAGUGAUCGUUCUAGCAAUGACCGAUUCAGCAGCCCGUUUGGUCGCUCUUCCGACAGAGGUUCAUUUUCUGGGACAUGCUUCAUUUGCAACAAACCAGGCCAUAUAGGGAAGAAUUGCCCAGAGAGGCGGUGAUUUGUACCAAAACAUCGGUGCUACAUUUUUUGGCACAGCAUCUUUGCUCAAGAUUCAUCGAUUCGGACAUCCAAAAACCUGGAUGUCACUACUGAAUCCAACAUCAACCUGCUUGUCAAUAAAUCAAUGUGAACAAGUUGUAGGUCUGGUAUCUUUACACCUCACAUGGAAAGGACAAGAUGAGUGGAAAUCUGCUGACAUAGUGCGACGGUCAGCUAUAUAAUGUUAGACGUAUUCUGUAAGGCUGCUGAGGGUAGAGUCUACUUUGGGAUCCAGCACUCAAUUAGAUUCAGGCUUGCAUUGUGAUUUUGGUACAAGUAGCCGGUCAAUUGGGUGCUUUCGUGACCCUCUAGUGUAAGCCCUGGGGUAGCAUGAGUCAUCUUUUGGAAGUUCUAGCCACAAAGGUUAGUUGCACCCUGAGCUGCAAUGCCCGUAUUUCAUCUGCAACCUGCACAUGGAUCUUACAUCAAGUAACGAUUGUACAAUUUGAAUUGAAUGAUUUUUGGAGCAGACUCCUCUUUCACCGUUGCUAA